CCCCCCCCCCCCACACACACACACACCCCCCGGCCCAGGCCGCGCAUGCUCGGGAGCCGCCGCCGCUCACCACAAGAUGUCCGCCUGCGGAGCCAGCCGGCAGAUGCUCCGGACUGUUGCAGGGCGUGGGUGGAGAUCCUGGUCUAGUAAACCUGCUCAAAACGUACAUACGAGCAAACCCGGAGCUGGCUUUAGCUUUGAACUUACUGAUGAACAGAAAGAGUUUCAAGCUACUGCUCGUAAAUUUGCUGUGGAGGAAAUUAUGCCCGUUGCUUCACAAUAUGACAAAACUGGAGAGUAUCCUUUUCCGCUCAUAAAACGGGCUUGGGAACUUGGUCUUAUAAAUUCACACAUACCAGAAAGCUGUGGUGGUCUCGGCCUUGGCAGUUUUGAAGCAUGCCUCAUUACGGAAGAGUUAGCUUAUGGAUGUACAGGGGUUCAAACUGCCAUUGAGGCAAACUCCCUAGGGCAAAUGCCAGUAAUCAUUGCAGGAAAUGAGCAGCAGCAGAAAAAAUAUUUAGGAAGAAUGACAGAGGAGCCAAUGAUGUGUGCUUACUGUGUAACAGAACCUGGAGCGGGCUCCGAUGUGGCUGGUAUACAAACAAAGGCUGAGAAGAAAGGAGAUGAGUAUGUUAUUAACGGCCAGAAGAUGUGGAUCACAAAUGGUGGGAAGGCAAACUGGUAUUUUUUGCUAGCUCGUACCAAUCCAGACCCAAAAGCUCCUGCAAGCAAAGCCUUUACUGGAUUCAUUGUGGAAGCAAAUAGCCCUGGAAUCCAAAUUGGAAGAAAGGAAAUGAAUAUGGGUCAGCGCUGCUCUGAUACAAGAGGUAUAGUCUUUGAAGAUGUAAGAGUUCCGAAAGAAAACGUAUUAAUGGCUGAGGGAGCCGGCUUUAAAAUUGCAAUGGGAGCUUUUGAUAAGACCAGACCACCUGUAGCAGCUGGUGCUGUUGGGUUAGCAAAAAGAGCACUUGAUGAAGCUACUAAAUAUGCUUUGGAGAGGAAAACCUUUGGGAAACUGCUUGUUGAACACCAAGCGGUGUCUUUCCUGCUUGCCGAAAUGGCGAUGAAAGUGGAGCUGGCGAGGAUGGCUUACCAGAGGGCUGCGUGGGAAGUCGAUGCCGGCCGCAGGAAUACCUACUACGCUUCCAUCGCAAAGGCGUUUGCGGGUGAUGUGGCAAACCAAGUCGCUUCAGAUGCAGUGCAGAUUUUUGGAGGAAACGGAUUUAAUACCGAAUAUCCUGUAGAAAAGCUAAUGAGAGAUGCUAAAAUCUACCAGAUUUAUGAGGGAACUGCUCAGAUUCAAAGGGUGAUCAUAGCUCGUGAACAUGUUGCCAAAUACAAGGCUUAAAGAAACGUAUCAAGCAUGUCUGGUGCUGCUGUAGUGUUUGGUGCUCUCAUGGAAGAUUUGAGUGCAUUUCUCAAUACAACUAGAAAGGUGUGGAAAAAUCUCCUUUCCUUCAAAAUCUUUUGAUUGUGUACACAAUUAAGCACUACUUCUGUACUCCCCAUCAAUUUCCUCACUUCAUUCCUUCUGACUAAUAAUCUUGGUAUUUUCUAAACGUUUCUGAAUUCCAAGGUGAUUGGUUGCCUUUGCCCACCCUCUUUCCCUUAAAUCUUUGGCUUUUGGUGGGAGAAGAGGUAGAAACCCUCCCUGUAAAAUUUUAUGAUUAAAACCAAAAUUCUGAUACCUUUUUUUUUUUUUUUUUUGGUGUCUGUGAAGGCAUCUAGCAUGUAACAAAUAAUUGGAUUUUAGGUGUUUCUGUAUUCUUUAAAAUUACACAGUUUUGCUCUCACUGUUUUAUCACUAGAGUUUGGUUAGAUAUGAAAUUAGUAUAUCUCAGGGAAAUUUAAAAAAGCUGUUCUGCUUCCUCAGGAAUACCGUGUUGCAGUACACUCUCCCUAGGUCACCACUUUGCCAAGAUAAACGUAACACUGUGGUUUUGUGGCCUCUAGAAACUUGCAUCUUUUAAAAAAAUUGAAAGUGUCUACAUCUUGCCUUCUGGACCUUUCAGAAACAUGCAUUUUCAUAGAUUACAACACAGAUUGGUGUUAUUUUUCUCACCUGGUAGCCAGAUUACUACAUUUUAUACACGUUCAUGAGUCAGUAUGAAAAAAAAAAAAACACUAGUUUUUGUUUUCAUAGAGCUUCUUUUCAGUGACUUAACCAUGUUACCUGAAUGUAGCAAAGACAGAAAUUGUCAUUCAGUGUGUUUAUCCCUGUGCCACAAAGGAACCUGUCAUAUAUAUGAAGAAAAUUCUUGGGUUUUUCAUGCCUUAAGCAAGACUUCUCUACGGACGAAUGUUAAGUACAGCUCUUGAGAAAUACAGAUACAUGUUUUUACCGCAGAGGGGAAAAAAGAAGUAUGAUAAUUAAAUUUUAAACAUGUUUUCACCUUAACUGAUCCCACGCGAAAGAACCUGUAGGGAACAGCUUUAUUUUAAGGUAUAACAAUGCUGUUCUAAUCCUGGAUACCCAAACAGCCAAGUACAGUAAAGGGCAAGGAAUGAGAACCUCACAGCACAGUGGUCCUUCACUGUAAAAAUGAGACGAUCAACAUGUUAUCGCUAGCAUUCAUUGCUGCGUUCUAAUAAAAAAAAAAACCUAUUUAUAACCA